GCCGUCGCCCCCACCGUCCACAUCACACCAUGAAACCACCCUCGCGCCUUCCCCCCCAACUCCGCCGCCGCCACCUCUCAUCCGACGGAGACGCCGCCGCAGAUGCUGCCGAGCUCGCCGGAGCGCUCGCUGCGGCGCCCUCGCCCGAUGCAAAGCAAGAGAUCGCCGCUAUGCUCCGCCGCCUCGGCAGCCGCGGCCUCGCCUCCGCCCUAUCGUCCCUCCCGGCGCCGCUCCCCGGCGCCUUCGCCCUGCGCCUCGUCCAACAUGUCCUCUCCGACUCCACUGCAUGUGGCUCUCGUACAGGCGAGGGCCUACUCACCCCUUGCGUCUCGGCGCUCCUCCUUCCCUCGCUCGUCGCCGAUCGCGCCGCACUCCCCUCCGCGCGCCGCCUCCUGUCGCGCCUCAUCCGCUUCCACCCUCUCCCCUUGGCCGCGGCGGCUGUGGCCGACGUCACCUGCACUGCCACCUCGGACCUCCUCGUCCACGCCUGCCUCAAUUCGCCCGCCCCCGGAUCCCUGUCACGUGCCACCGACGCCUUCCGCGUGCUCUCCACGCGUGGAGCCUCGCCUUCCAUCAAGACCUGCAAUAUCCUUGUUGAAGCCUUGGGCCGUGCUGGUCAACUUGACGCUGCCAGCAAGGUGUUCGACGAAAUGCGGGAUGGCAAGACUGUCGCACCUGAUGAGUGCACGUACACGGCGAUGAUAAAGGCACUCUGCAGGGCUGGAGAGGUUGAUGCUGCUUUUGUGAUGCUUGCGGAGUUGCGGCGAGCUGGGCUGCAGCCAACUGUGGUGACUUACAAUGUGCUAAUGGAUGCACUGUGCAAGAGCGGGAGGGUGGAGGAGGCCUUUCAGUUGAAGGGGAGGAUGGUCGAAGGUAGGGUGAGGCCAAGCGUGGUCACGUUUGGCAUCCUGAUCAAUGGUCUUGCAAGGGGUGAGCGGUUUGGGGAGGUUGGAGCAGUGUUACAGGAGAUGGAAGGUUUUGGGAUCACCCCCAAUGAGGUUAUUUACAAUGAGCUAAUUGGUUGGCAUUGUAGGAAAGGGCAUUGCUCAGAGGCGCUUAGGCUGUUUGAUGAAAUGGUCUCAAAGGGAAUGAAGCCUACAGUGGUGACUUUCAACUUGAUUGCGAAAGCUCUAUGCAAGGAAGGGGAGAUGGAGCGUGCUGAGCAGAUAUUGGACGAGAUGUUGUUGUCUGGGAUGACAGUUCAUUGUGGCUUGUUUAAUACUGUGGUCGCGUGGCUUCUACGAAGAACUGGAAGAUUGGACUCGGUACUAAGGCUUAUAAGAGAAAUGGUUGCCAGAUUUAUGAAACCAAAUGAUGCUUUGAUGACAGCUUGUACCCAGGAGCUUUGCAAGAGAGGGAAACACUUGGAAGCAGCUAAAAUUUGGUUCAAAAUGCUGGAAAAAGGUUUAGGUGUCAAUAUUGCAACAUCCAAUGCGUUGAUUCAUGGGCUUUGUGAAGGAAAUAACAUGAAAGAAGCCACUAAGGUUCUAAGGGCCAUGGUGGAAAACGGGGUUGAAUUGGAUUGCAUCACAUAUAACAUAAUGAUUCAAGGUUGCUGCAAAGAUAGUAAAAUGGAGGAAGCGAUACAACUUCGUGAUGACAUGAUUAAAAGAGGCUUUAAGCCUGAUCUUUUCACGUUUAAUACUUUCCUAUGCGCUUAUUGCAAUUCGGGUAAAAUGGAAGAGGCCCUUCACAUGUUGGAUCAAAUGAAAAGUGAGGGCCUUAAUCCAGAUAUUGUGACAUAUGGCACCAUAAUAGAUGGUUAUUGUAAAGCAAAAGAGAUUCAGAAGGCAAAGGAAUAUUUGAAUGAAUUGGUAAAAGUUGGGUUAAAACCAAAUGUAGUAAUAUAUAAUUCUCUUAUUGGUGGUUACUGUAGGAUUGGUAAUAUUUCUGAUGCAAUUGGUGUUCUUGGCACUAUGAAGUCUAAUUGCAUACAACCAACUGCUGUAACAUAUGGCAGUCUUAUGCAUUGGAUGUGUCAUUUUAGUCUUGUUGAAAAUGCUAAGGCCAUUUUUGCACAAUGUAUUGUAAAGAACAUUGAGCUUGGAGUAAUUGGAUAUACAAUUAUGAUUCAAGGUUUAUGCAAAAUAGGAAAAAUUGAUGAAGCUCUUAUCUACUUUAAGGAGAUGCGUUCAAGGGAUAUACCACCAAAUAAGUUGACUUAUACCACUUUGAUGUUUGCUUAUUGCAAAUCUGGAAACAGUGAAGAAGCGUCCAAGCUUUUUGAUGAGAUGGUGAGCUCCGGCAUUGUUCCUGAUAGUGUUUCCUACAAUACAAUAAUUUCAGGGUGUUGUAAGGCGGAUUCAUUGGAUAAGGCAAUAGAAAUGUCUGCUGAACUGCCCUCAAGAGUUUUGAAACAGGAUAGUUCAUACAAUCCAUUGGUUAACGGAAGAACUACACCCUGGUGCCAAAAAGAAGCCGCUUCCAGUGCUGACUGAUGUGUAACCAAGGUUCCAUUGGGCAUGGCUGAUUUUUGAGAAAGGUGUAGGAGGAAUUUGGGAGAAUAUGUGCACUACCACCUUGCCUUGGUUGUGUGGCUUGUGCAUGUAUCAAACAUGGUACUACUACUCAUGGUUAUCAACCUUUUCCUUCAAGGUCAGUCCAACAGAAGCAGAGGGUUGUAUAGGUUUAAAAUGGUAGUAUGCAUCACCAACGACCAUACUGGAGAGCCAUCCAAGGGCAGCCACAGAAUGCACUUUAGGUUUAUUUGGACAACAUUGUUAGAUCAAAAAACAACAAGCGAGGCUAGUUUGCUUAUUGGGACCCAUUUAUACAGGACAACAUUGUUGGAUUAAAACAACAAGAGAUGCCAGUGCACAGUUGAUCUAUGAAAGGAUGACAAUUCAAUAAAAAAUUUAGGUGCAGGUGAUCAAAAAAACGAGAGCUGCGUAUCUUUGUAUUAUGAAGAAGAAGCUAAUAUAUACUUAUUGUUCACAUUAUCAGGUUUUGAGAUUGGUCGAUAUAUUGGUCAAUCUGUAAUAUAUUUAAUUCAUGAACUUGGAGUACAGCAUGGGCCACUUAUGGUAGCAUUAAAGAGGCCGACUCUUAGCUGAGCUGCAGAAACAUCAGUUUAUGUUUGCUACUGAAACCAAGCAUCCGAUUCUGGUAUUUGCUUCUGUUGAUAUUUGGGAGCAUCUUAGUUCUGGUGGAGUGCAAAUCUUCUUAAAGAUUUCUGUAACUGAAAUACCUUCAGAUUACUAAAGAUUGACUGUGAAGAAGCCAUAGCAAAGAGAUAGUUCAGGUGGCAUAAAGCCAUUACAAUUAUUGUGAUGUUAACUUUCACUGCAGGGACCAGGCUUAAGUAGCAACAGCUCCUGUCUACAUCUAAUUCUCCAACCUCAACCAAUCUGAGGCUUGGUGUGGGCAGCACUGGUUGGCACUAUAUUGCGAUGUGACUAUUCACGUGCUACUGUAGCAACCGAUAUUUCCCCCCAUGUUGUCCUGCCAAAGUAUUUUUAGUUGACAGCUAGUGAUAAUGAUAGUUUCAUUGUUUGUUGAGUUUACUUCUUUAUGGAGAUUCGAUAUGAAGAUACAUAGAGAUAGAAUGUGUUUCUUAGAGGUAAACUUAAGCAAUCCCUAUAAAAGGUACAAGAUUUAUCCAGUUAUUCAUUCAUUAUGCAUCAAGAAGAAAUAAUUAAAUCUCUCCAGAACCAGAAUUCUUUCUACCUUCUAUACUCUUAUAUUGACCAUCCAAAUAUCCAAUGUCGUAAUUCUUGUAGGCCAUGUUGUCUGACUCUGACCAUCUUCAGCAUCCUAGCAUCACAACUUAUAGUUAAGUCUUUCUGGUCGGUAAUUUGUAGAGUUGCAUAUCAGUACAAUGUUGUAGUAAGAACAUAAAAUGUUGAGAAUUGGGGUUAGUGUGUGGCACUUCGGUGUUGAAGAGAUUUAUUUGGUUCUGGCUUGUGCAGUGCUGAUUGCAGCAUUUUUGUGUUUCUAUUUUUUAUCCAAGAUGGUUAACCAACAAUAUGUCUAUGUCCGGCUUAAUAUGUCACACGGAAAUGUUGUGAAAUAGUUGAUGAUAAUCAAAAGAAAAGGUUGGAACUGGAAUAUAUACCACACUUAAAGGUUGGAACUGGAAUAUAUACCACACUUGCAAACUGAAAGUUAGUUGUGACAAAAUCGGGAACUGGGUGUAUGUAAUACCCUUAGCAAACGUGAUGCAUUUUUCCCUCUUAACAUUAUGUUCUUAACCAGAAACUUUGCUUUUUUUUAUAUGCUCUGUAGUCACGGAAGAGUGUCAUUAAUAGUCACUGAUAUGUCAAUUUGACCACUAAUUCUAGUGCAUAAAUAUUUGCUAUGUAUGACAAAGUUGUAAUAUAAUUAAACCACUUUUCAAGACAAAUAUAGCUAUAUAAGUUUCAAAUGUUUUAUUGGAUCGAUGAUCAAAGUUUAAACAUAGUGACUGCAUGUGACCCAGAACUUUACUUUGUGACUGUAGGGAAUAUACUCUUUGUGCAUUUGUUUGGAAAAAAUGGUGUGCAUUUGUACAGGCCAUCAACUAGACCAAAGUGUCAGCUCAGAUUAAGAUGAGGAGCAGAGAUUCCUUCCUUAAGGUGCAAAGCAUUGGACGCAGCCAUGGCCUUCGGCCACUGCCUCAUCCCGGUGCCGGACGCGAGCAAGGUCAAGCCGAUACACAGCGGCUGCAUACGUGCGUGAGUGCAGUGGCGACGGACAAGCGGGGCUGGGGCGGAACGCGGCCUUGCUGUCGCGGCGGCGCCAACUAAAGAAGCACUCUCGCCCAAGCUAGAGUGGAAGGCCUGCGACUACGAGCAGUUGCUUGUUAGCUUCUGUCAAUCCGUGAGAAGCGAGGAGCAAUAAAAUCAAGCCGAGAAGUGGAAGUUCAGUAUGCAGCCGUUGCUGUGUCCAGCUCGCCCUGUUCAGCAGUUUGACGAAACCGGCUGCUGGACCAUACCCAACCUGAGUGAGACCUUCGUCGUGGGUCGUCGCAUGGGUUGGUCCCAAACCGCUCUAAAACCAGGCACAACAGGGAGACAUUGCAGUUGUGCGGGUUGAACCCGGUAUACCAGCCGAAAGUCAAUCUAAUCAGAAAAAGGACGAGGACUGGAGGAGGAGGCGACGACAAGGGAUGCCACGCGACGGCAUUGCUCAAGGCCUCGUGGUGCAGGCCGUGCUGGCGGCCGAGGCAGCGUGGGUGCAGUGGGAGGCUGCUGCCUCGUUGUCUGGGUCCCUCCACAUGAACCUGGAGUGGCUGCAAUCUCUUGCAGAGCUACGCGGCGAUGGGUCCUGAUCUGUCCGCACUGAACAAGGGAUAUUCUGCAGCGAGCCACCAGUGUUUGCACGGUUGUAGCCUGACAUGGAGGAGAGGGAUUGUUUUAAGCGAUCCAAGGAAGAUUGCAUGGUUGUUUGAAUACACAAUACCGAAUUUUGAUACCUUCCCAUUUAUAGUUUUGUGGUGCCUUCCAAGGAUUGUAAAUACACUCAUCAUGAAAAGGAUUACGCCAAACUAAACUUCAGUGUUCCUUGACCACUUCUGGUGCUUCCUCUGAGAAUUCUGAAUAAAGGUAAACAAUUAAAAUGAUUCAGCAA